CUUCUUCCGCAGUCCCCCCGGCGGCACGGCCCAGGCCUGCUCGGGGCGUGCGUCGGCCUGGCCGGCGGCCGAGGAAUUCUGGGUAACGACCGUGGCCGGCGGGGCGGCUGGCUCCGCCCAGCAGGUUCUACUCACGCCGGGGCGGUUGGCGGUGGCGGUUGUCGGGCCCGGGCCAGCGGGACAUGGAGCAGCCGUGGCCGCCGCCGGGCCCCUGGAGCUUCCCGAGGACUGUCGGGGAGGCCGAGGAGGAGAGCGACUUGGACGUGUCCCCCUCUUCUUCCCACUGCCCGCCGGUGCCUGGCGGCGGCGCCCAGAUGUAUAGCGAUGGGAUUGAGCUAGCUUGCCAAAAGCAGAAAGAAUUUGUGAAGAGCUCUGUGGCGUGCAAAUGGAAUCUUGCUGAAGCCCAGCAGAAACUUGGCAGCUUAGCACUGCAUAACUCUGAGUCCUUGGAUCAGGAACAUGCCAAAGCACAGACUGCAGUGUCAGAACUGAGGCAGCGGGAGGAAGAAUGGCGGCAGAAGGAGGCGGCUCUGGUCCAGAGAGAGAGGAUGAGUCUCUGGAACAUGGAUGUCAUUAGCAAGGAUGUUUUUAAUAAGAGUUUUAUUAAUCAAGAUAAAAGAAAAACAGAAGAUGAAGAUAAAUCACAAUCAUUUAUGCAGAAAUAUGAGCAAAAAAUCCGACAUUUUGGUAUGUUGAGUCGGUGGGAUGAUAGUCAGAGAUUUCUGUCUGACCAUCCGUACAUUGUAUGUGAAGAAACUGCUAAAUAUCUUAUUUUAUGGUGUUUUCAUCUAGAAGCUGAGCAGAAAGGUGCUCUAAUGGAACAAAUAGCACAUCAGGCUGUGGUAAUGCAGUUUAUUAUGGAAAUGGCCAAAAACUGUAAUGUGGAUCCAAGAGGCUGUUUUCGUUUGUUUUUCCAGAAAGCCAAAGCAGAGGAAGAAGGUUAUUUUGAGGCAUUCAAAAAUGAACUUGAAGCUUUCAAGUCAAGAGUAAGACUUUAUGCUCAAUCACAAAGCUUUCAACCUGUAACAGUUCAGAAUCAUGUUCCCCAUUCUGGUGUUGGAUGCAUAGGCUCCUUAGAAUCCUUAUCACAGAAUCCAGAUUAUCUUCAGUAUUCUAUCAGUACGCCUCUCUGCGGUGUCGACUCAGUGCUGCAUAAGGAAGAGGAGGAGAAAAUGAUGGAUACUGUAUAACUCACUUAAGACUGCUGAGGCCAAGGACUAUUUUGUUACAAGAAAGGAAGAGCUUGGCUAUUUUCUUGACACUUUUAUGGGUGCUGCACUUUAUUUUUGUUCGGUUUUUGAUGGGAGGGAAAAGAGUACUGAAAUGUUUUGCAACUUUUUUUUAUGUGCUGCUAGGGUUUUUUGUUGUGUUGUUUUGUUUCUGAAGGGAGGAGUGGUACCAUAUGUUGCAGGAAGUCAAACUGGACUCUCCCCCACCCCUCAGUUACUAAAUUUGCCUUUAACUGUUCUUAAUUUUGAAUCAAAGUAUGAAAAUCUGCACAAUGCAAUGUUUACAAGACUGGCCGACUGAGGAGGCAUCUGCUACAUGGUCUUUUUCCCGUGGAUGUGUACAUGUCCUACUUCAUGGAAAGAAUUAAAGAUACAAAUGUGCUUAUGUCCCACCGAAAAGUUCAGCUGUCACAUCUGGUGUUCAUCACAUUAAAAGCAAUAAAUUAGUAGUGGUAACCUACUUUACUAAUAAGUAAACUGGAUGGCACAAAUUAUUGUUUUAAGGUAAUAUUUACGUUUGUAUUUUCGGCACCACCAGUUAACUCCUUGACUAUAAAUUUGGUAUUAAAAACAUGACAUUUACCCCUCAAGUCGUCUCAAAACUGUUCAGAAGUUGACUUUAUCCUGAUGACUGUUUAAAUAUUAAGGAGUGUGGCAUGUGUAGAAAGCGAUACAGUUUUCUGUUUUUCCAGCAAGAUGAACUGCAAGCUUACUCUGAUUUCUUUACUUGACAUAGUCUGGGACCUCUCAGGGAGUAAGUUUUAAAAGAAUAGUAAGGGCCUGUAAGAACAAACAGGAAGAGUAAGAUCAUUGUUAAAUCACCGUUAUUGUGUGUUUCCCUCUGGUGAAGCCUUGAGAAAUGUUGUAGCGCUAAGCUGCCUUGAGCUGCCAACCAUGUCUAAGAACUUGAUAACAGUCACCCUCAGUGGUGAUGAUGGGUUUCACUCCAUCUGUUACUAGCUUCUAGCUCAGUUACAAGAUGCUUCUGAGCUUCACUUCUUCCUAUAUAAGUCACUGCAGAUCCACCAGGAUAUUUGAUUCUUUUUAUUUAGAAUUAGAUGACAGUGCCAAUUAUGAUAUCCUUAUUAUUUGAGGAUUAAUCUUCUGACUUACAGGAGCAUUAGCUUUGAUUAUUUUUGAGUGUAAUCUUUGGCUCAGUACCCACUUCAAUUCGUAGCAAAUAUUUGGAAUGUGGGUACCUGGGGUUGGGACUAUAGGUCUCAGUUUGAGUAAGAAAAUCAUGUUCAGUGGCCUGCGUAGGUCAGAGCUGUGACCUUGGCUUCAUCUGUCUUCUGUCAGCCAAGGGGGCUGAAGUAGGUGAUGGGGUACCUAGUACUUGUGGAAAUGGACUGGAAUCAUUGAAUCAUACUCCUGUAAUGUCACAAUCUUCCUGGUUCCCAGAAUAAAAGUCUUUUUGUGCUUUUGAUAUAAAUAUAUAUACUCUAUAAUAAAAUGUUUGACUAAUUUA